AUGGGGUUCUGGGGUAUCAUUAUUAGCAUCCGGUCUAUUAUCAUGCAACUAUUUCUCUUGAUGGUCAUUUCAUCCUCCUUACGUCUUGGAGGGAAUGAGACGGAUAGACAGUCCUUGCUUGCAUUUAAAGCUGAAAUUGUGAACGAUCCACUGGGCAUUCUUAACUCCUGGAAUGAAUCCCUCCACUUCUGUCAUUGGCAAGGCGUUGCUUGUGGCCACAGACACCAGAGACAGAGAGUCACCGUGCUGGACCUCCAAUCAAGCCGGCUGAAUGGUCAGCUACCCCCCCACAUUGGAAACUUGAGCUUUCUUAGAAAUUUAAACCUCCAAGACAACAGCUUCAACAACACCAUCCCUCAAGAAAUUGGUCGUUUGUUCAAUCUGCAACAACUACUCCUUGAUAACAACUCCUUCAGUGGUGAUAUUCCGUUCAACAUAUCACGUUGCUCUAACCUCCAAAUACUUCGCAUAUCUGGAAACCAUCUUAGGGGCAAACUUCCAAUUGAAAUUGGCUCCUUGUCCAACCUUCAGGUACUUACUUUAAGAAAAAACAAUUUAAGUGGGGAAAUCCCACCUUCUUUUGGAAAUCUUUCUUCUCUCGACGAGUUAGAUUUGGGAAGCAAUAAUCUGCGUGGAGGCAUUCCGAAUAGCCUUGGCCAAUUGAAAAGUCUAACAUAUCUUGCAUUGGGUCUAAAUUAUUAUUUGAAUGGUACCAUUCCUCCCUCCAUAUACAACCUCUCAUCAAUUACAAGCAUUUCUGUGGUUCGAAACGAACUGCAUGGAACUCUUCCUCCUGGGUUGGGCCACACUAUAUUUCCAAACCUCCAACUAUUUUAUUUCUGGGGCAACCAAUUCAGUGGACCGAUACCAAAUUCAAUCUCCAAUGCCUCAAGCCUUUCAAAUUUUUUAAUCCCAUUUAAUGAGUUUACUGGAAAAGUGCCUAGUCUGGCACGCCUGUCAAAUUUGUAUUGGUUAACACUUGCCCAUAACAAUCUUGGAAAUGAUGAGGAAAGUGACUUGGAUUUCAUUUCUUCUCUUGGUAAUUGCACCAAAUUGAGAAAGUUAGAUUUUCUGGACAAUAAUUUUGGAGGAAUGCUACCUGAAUCCAUCAGCAAUCUCUCAACAGAGCUCAACCUACUGGUAUUUGGUCGUAACCAGAUACGUGGAAGAAUUCCCAUUGGGAUCGGAAAUCUAAUCAACAUGGAGGCUCUAGCCUCUGAGGGAAACCUAUUGACAGGCACAAUACCAAGUUCUAUUGGGAAACUGAAAAGGUUGAAUGAGCUGUAUCUGAACGCGAAUAAACUAUCAGGUACCAUCCCAUCUUCUAUUGGAAAUCUAACUUCAAUGACCAAGUUGAUUCUCAGGUCAAACAAGUUAGAAGGCAACAUACCGCAAAGUCUCGGAGAAUGCAAGAAUCUUCUACUUUUAGAUCUUUCCCAAAAUAAUCUUCACGGUCAAAUUCCUAAAGAAGUUAUUGGUUUAACAUCCUUGUCACAAGUUUUGGAUCUAUCCAGCAACAAGCUUACUGGAUCCAUACCAAUGGAGGUAAGCAACUUGAUGCAUCUAGUUUACUUGGAUGUUUCUGACAAUAGGUUAUCUGGUGAGAUUCCACGAAGCUUAGGGAGUUGUACAAGUUUGGCAUAUCUGUAUCUGAGUGGAAACUCAUUGCAGGGGACCAUUCCUGUAUCCUUGAGCUCUUUGAGAGGGAUUGAGGUUUUCGACCUCUCUCGCAACAACUUGUCUGGCAGUAUUCCCAGCUAUUUGGAGAGUUUCCGCUUUUUGGUGAAUUUGAACCUCUCGUUUAAUGAUUUUGAAGGUGCAUUACCAAUGAAAGGAGUUUUCAAGAACCCAAUUGCGCUUUCUGUCAUGGGAAACUCACGGAUUUGUGGAGUUAUACCUUCUUUAAGAUUGCCCAAAUGCGUCUCCAAGCAAUCUAAGCAAGGCUUAUCGUCUAGGCUGGAAAUAAUUCUUUCAGUUGCUUGUGGGGUUAUUGGGUUGAUCUUACUGUUGUCCGUUGUGCUUCUUUGCCGAUCAAGAAAAGUGAGAGCACUUAACUCAACUUCAGGAUCGUAUCAAAUGGUUUCACUCUUGAAAUUAUCUUAUAGAGAUCUCCAUAAAGCAACUGGGUUCUCGGCUGUGAAUUUGAUUGGUGGUGGAAGUUAUGGGUCUGUAUACAAGGCAACUCUCAAUCAGCGUGAACAAAGAAUUGUUGCAGUGAAAGUACUCAGUCAAAAUUCAAGAGCUUCUAAAAGUUUCAUAGCUGAAUGUGAAGCCUUGAAAAGCAUUAGGCACAGAAAUCUUGUCAAGCUACUGACUGCUUGUUCAAGCAUUGAUUCUCAAGGAAACAAUUUCAAGGCUCUGGUUUACGAGUUCAUGGUGAACGGAAGCCUCGACGACUGGCUGCAUAAUUCAGCUCAACGGGUCGACAAUCCAACCAACCUGCAGAAAAAUCUGAAUCUUAUUCAGAUAAUCAACAUUGCAAUUGAUGUAGCAUGUGCUCUGGAUUAUUUGCACAACCGUUCUCACAUGCCGAUAGUUCAUUGUGAUUUAAAACCGAGCAAUGUUCUCUUGGGUGGUGACAUGACUGCAUGUGUUGGUGAUUUUGGUUUGGCAAGGUUCCUCCCGGACGUUUCUCGUCCAUUUCCUGUGCACGAAAGCUCUUCCGAUGCAAUAAAAGGCUCCAUAGGCUAUACUGCCCCAGAGUAUGGCAUGGGAAGCGAGGUGUCAACAUCUGGUGAUGUGUAUAGCUAUGGAAUCUUGUUACUAGAGAUGCUAACAGGCAAGAGGCCAACGGAUGACAUGUUCAAAGACGGUUUGAAUCUGCACAGCUUUGUUGUGAAUGCAGUUCCUGAACACGUGGAAGAAAUAUGUGAUCCGGUACUUCUUCAAAAUGAAGAAAAAAAUGGUGGGGAUCGCAGGCAAAAAGUUGAGGAGUGCUUGAUUUCACUUGCAAGAAUAGGAGUUGCUUGUUCUGCGGCAAUGCCGAGAGAGCGCAAGGACAUGACCAAUGUUGUAUCUGAGUUGUGUCUUAUAAGGGAUGUGCUGAUGGGAACCAGGAUGCCUUAGAGACUGUUAGAAUUUAGAAAUUGGAUCAUUUCACUUCCAUUUGAAUCUUAGAAUGACUAGUUUUUCAUUUUUCAUGCAAUUUGUGUUUAUUUUCAGUAACACCAUUUUAAAAUCAAGAAGUUGGUCGUGUUUUUGUUUA